GCGGCGGCGCGCGGUGCUGCCGCCCGCAGCCCGGCAUGGAGGAGGACGAGGCGGGCGCGGAGCCGCGGGGCUCCCGCCGGCGCUCGCCCAGCCCCGGCCGCCUGGACGUGAGCUCCAACCGCUUCGACCCGCUGCUGGCGCUCUACUCGCCGAACACGCCGCUGCCCUUCCCCGCCGCGCCCUGCUUCAACAACCUCGCCGAGUACGAGAGCUUCCAGCGCGGCCUGCGCCGCCCGGGCGCCCGCCGCGGUGCCGCCCCCGCCCGCCGCGGUGCCGCCACCGCCCGCGCGUCCCGCCGGGGCCGGCCGGCCGCCGACCCCGAGCGCAUCCAGCGCCUCCGCAGCCUCAUGGUCAACCCGGGCCCCGAGCAGGAGGCGGCUGAAGGCGGAACGGCGACGCGGCGGCGCCGGGCACCGCGCAAUGUCCUCACCAGGAUGCCCCUCCAUGAGGGCAGCCCGCUGGGGGAACUUCACCGCUGUGUCCGAGAUGGUGUCAGAAUUAAUGUCCACAUCCGCACCUUCAAAGGCCUUCGUGGAGUCUGCACAGGGUUUCUGGUUGCAUUUGACAAAUUCUGGAAUAUGGCCCUGACAGAUGUGGAUGAGACUUACAGGAAACCAGUAAUGGGCAAAGCCUUCUAUGCAGAACCUCAGCUCUCACUGACCCGACUGUUUGACAGACUCAAGCUGCAGGAGUCCUCGGGGAAGAAGGGAGCUGCCUCAAAGACUGUCUCAGAGGAGCUGGCCCUGACAAAUGACUCUCAGACACUGAGCCUGAAAGCUGGAUCUGGACGAGGGAGAGCAGAGGAGGAGCGUGAGAGGCAGAAACACUCGGGCAGAGCUGCAGAGAAGAAGGCCCCAGGUGACAGAAGUGACGCUGAUGUGGGCAGCAGGACUGCCCACGCAGAGGGGGCCGGUGCUGGUGGGGCCCGAGCAAGGAGCCAGUCCCGGAGGAGGAGGAGGCCCAAGGUGGAUUAUCAGCAGGUGUUCACACGCCACAUAAACCAGAUCUUCAUUCGAGGAGAGAAUGUCUUGCUUGUCCAUUUAGCACAUUGACUUGGCUGAGCCUUUGUCAGAGUAUUUAUUUGAUAGCAUGACUUGCUGCUGCAGCUCCCAUUGCUAUUUCGAGUUGUCAUUGAGUAGGAUGGUGCCGUGGCUGGCUCCCCAUUGCCACCACAAGGCAGGGGAAAGAAUUGUAACUUGAGCAUCCUGGGCUUGAUGCCAAAGCAGCCUCCUUAGACCCUGCUGGGGGUCUCAGGGGAAGGUCAGCAAUGCAGUUGUUUCUGUGAUAUGAGGGAGUUAGGCACACAUCCCACUGUUCUUAAAAGGAAGCUAAAUGGAGAGGGUUGUGAGAAUUUUGGUGUACUCUGUUACAGGAGCUGCUUGUGGCACACAUUUAAGAAUAAGAUCUGGACCUGCAAUAAAUCAGAAAUGCUCUUUUGCACAUUCUGAGUAACAUCAAGAGGAAAUUGCUAUUGAAACCGACAGUUUAUCUGCUGCUGUUACAUGGAUGUCCUCUUUUCCAGACAUAAUUCCAACAGUAAUUUUAAUAUAAUUUAUAGGACAUUGGAGUCACAUCCUGCUGAUGACUACUGGCUCUGCCAUAGUUAGCUCUGUAAUGCCCUAUGUGAUAGAAAACUUCUUAAUUGGAAUCUUUUAAUGUAGGUGAUGGCAGGACUGUAACUUGUUUCCAGCACCAAAGCUUAGGCACUUUGUAAUGCUGUGCUUUGGCCCUGUGUCACCAGCAAGCAGAUGAUGUAGCUGAUCCAGAGACCUCCCUGUCUGGAGUUUAUCUGUGGGUGAAGAUGGAAAACUAUCCUUUUGUAUUUCACCCACUUGCUACUUGGUGUAACAGUGAAUCUGGCAAAGAUUUGGUUUUUCUCAGGUGUGUUUGUGCUGAGCACACCUGUCCUGUGUUUAAACACCUUUCAGGCUCUCUCUAUUGAAAGCAGAGCUGCUGUGUCUCCAGCAGUUCUCAUGGAGCAGGAAUCCUCAUGGGUCUUUCCUGCCCAUGUGAGGGAUGCAUAUCUAAUUCCAUUUGAGCUUUGGAGAUGUGCCUGAAGAGGUUUUGAAGUCUAGAAGUCAAACCUAACUCAUCAGUGUUUCAUUUUAGCAAGGCUGUUGAAUUAUUGCAGGUCAGGCCAGGGUUCUGCAGGUAUAAACUACUUUCCAAAAAACCUGCCUGCAGAAGUUUGAGGGUAAAUGAAGCUGUUCCAUUGUGUAGUCUGUUCCCUUUGUUGUCAAAGGAGAUUUCAUGCUGCUAUUCUGUAUUCAUCUCAACUGCCUUGUGCUUUGCAGCAGCUCUGUGUGUUUAAGCUGAAGUUGGGAAAUUGCUUUAUAGCAGGACUUACAUUGCAUAUAGAUGCCCUGAGUUCUCAAAUUGAGUGGCUGUACUGUGGGUGACAUGGAUUUCUGUUGCUGCAGAUGCAGCAUUCUGCUUGCUUGGUCGUUAGGGAUAUGCUUGGUGUUUUGGAGAGUCACAGAAAUCAUUUAGCAGGCAUUCUGGACACACAAAGCAGCUGUUUGCCUCUGGGGGAGCUUGAAACUUAUGUCAACAUUUCACAUGACAUGGGGCUUGAUGAGCUCAGCCACUGAGCUCAAAGCCAAGUUCAGCCUGGGACAGAGUAAAAAGUACUGUUGAGGCAAAAUAGUUUCAUCAAGGGUAAAAAAGAAAAGAAAAAAAUUAAAUACUCUCUACACCUUCUUCUGAAACAUUGCUUUACUGCUGUAAUCCCAGCCCUCUGUGAACUGAGACUAGGCACUGAAAAGGUUCUUCUCCUGGAGGUUCUUGUUUCCCCUUCCUUCUUUACUUUUUGUGUUCAUGUGCUCUGCAGUUUUUCCUUUUAUUUCUUCUCUUUUUUCCCCCCUCUCUUCUGUCAGUACUUUGCCUCCUCAGGACAUUCUAAACUCUGGUUUACAAAGACUGUUCUUGUUGUCCUGGCUUUCUGCACCCUUUCCUGGUUGGUUUUCUAUGUACUAAUCAUAACCUUCACAAAUUACUAGAAACAUGUGAAGCUAGAAACAAGGUGCUUAUCUCUUCUUCUGACAUCCCAGCAGCUUUUAUUUUAAGUGAAUAUUUUCUUCCUUACAUUUUGGUUGUGGGGAUUUUCCUCUGUUUUCUGGCAGCUUUGUUUUUAUUUCAGCUGCUUGGGGUGAUUCCUCUCUGCCUUUUCUCUUAGUACCAAAGGCCACUGGUUUGACCUCUCCUCUUUCCUUCAUAUUUGACCAAAGGGUGUCAGAUCACCCUCAGGCUGAUAUACAGUGACAGCUCAUUUUCUUGCUUUUCUUCACCUCAUAUUCUUAUUUCUGUUUUUCUGUCUAGUUUAUGCUUUGUGCAUUAACUGAGAUACAACUACUAUGAAUUUUCUGUGGCUGUGCUGUCCUUCCUUGCCAAUUGACACUUCCCCAAGUUCUCAGUUGCUGCUGGAAGUCUCAGUGUUUCCUUUCAUAAUGGAUUUUUCCCUGAAACCUUACAGAUGUUUGUUGCUUCACGUCUACGAGCUUCUUUGUUUACAUUUUAUGAAAAAUGCUGGUGCUUAGACUUAAGUUUGUGCCUUGAUUUUUAUAUCAUCCCUGACCUGUUCUUCCAGAAUCAUCACCUUGGUGAGCAAACCUAGUUAAGGAUUAUAGUUAUCUACUUUUUUUGCACUACCUCAUUGUUACAAUGUUCCUCCUCUUAUCUGUGAAGUUGGUUAAACUGCUCUCUUAAUUAAUGAAUUAUUUGUUGGUUCUUCAUUUGUUUCCUACUUUCCUGUCCACCUUUCCAUUAUUUCCAAGCUGCUUCCUAAUACUGCUGCUUCCUCUUCCACAACUUCAGAUCUUCCAAAAGGUCUUCCUUUUCCCACUUUUACUGGCAUUGUGUAUUUUUAAGAUGCAUUAUUAAAAUGGUAUCUUACGGAUUUUGUCUCUUUCAAGCAUUGUGAUUGUGAUGAAGCAAGUGGUCCUGUAGGUGUGUUGUCACUUGCUUGUUCAAUACUUCAGAUAAUGUGGCUCUUUAAAUAAAAUUGAAUGUCGUGUUCUGAAA